AUGGUGCUUAUGGGUAGAGCAAAAGGAAACCUCAAGCCACCCACUUCCGUCCGAACCGUUCCAAAUGCAUUGCUAAAAGUGCUGAGUAACAAGUUGAGGCGAGGCGAAGUUGAAAAUAAAAAUCUCGUAGCGUGUAUGCAUGAAAAUUUCGAUCAUAACGAAAUGAGAAAAACUUUCUCGUUCGAGGAAAAUAAAAUUUGUGCAAUUAGUGAAAACUGA